CCUGCUUUCUGCCAUGGACGUAUGGAUCAGCUCAAUGUUUGACCAUUCAGCGAGAGUGGACGCGAGAAAGCAGACCGGGGCAUGUUGAGGCUCCGUGUGGACUGAAGUGUCCACCAUUGAUUAUGCUUCUUCUUCUUCUUCUUUGUCUCAGAUAUUAAGGCACCAAACCCGGUCCUGGGUGCUCCUCCUCCCCUGAUACGUAAAGCGAAGAAGGGGAAAACCUUGUGUACAUUCAAGUCCUUACCUUACUUCACAUCACUGGUUGAGACCGACCAACUUUCAAUCUCCAUCAUGCUCGUGAACAUGGGCCACCUUCACGUUCACAUCCACAAAAUCCACAAGUCACCCUCAUGCCAGAAACUCAAAGACAACAGAAGAUUCAGCGUAGCCUCGGGACUCAUCCAACAUGUCGUCGACCUUCCCGCCCCCGCACACGUCGUCAUAUCACCCGCCAAGUCGACCUUUAGCCGGGGCGGCAACGGCAAAUACCCAGCCAGACCGGCUCUCCCAGCGAUCGCGACCAUGAAAUUCUGGGACAAGAUAUUUGCCCCAGCCAUGCGAGUGCUGGCGCGAAAACCGCGUCCGGGGCCUGUGUUGCCGGGGUACGACAUCCGAUCCAAGAGCAACUGGGCCGAGGUAGAGCAAUGCCUGGAGAACGCAAGGCGGCGCUAUGAUGGAGAUCUGAGGAGGCGCCGAGGCAGGUUCAAGGAGCGGUGCCGCCGGAUUGCGGAGCAUGGAGUGGUGGGAGUCCAGGCUAUGCGGUUCAUCAAGGAGGUGGAAUAUGUGUCGGUUGUCAUGGGGGUUCUGGAGGUGCUUGUUGAUGCAGCAACAAGGGCGGCAUCAGUUCGCGAGCGCGCCAGACUAACCCUCAACCCGCGAGAGCUCGAGCAUGAGUUUGCUCAGAUUGAGAUUCUGUUGUCCGUUCAUCCCAAUGACAGAAACAUCCAGCAGGCCGCUAUCCAUCUUGUGGUGGCCAUUUUCGAAGCCAUUGAGGAGGGCAUCAAUUUCUUUAUGAAACAUAGACAUAGGCGGGCCUUCGAAGCCCUGGCUUUGGGGGAUAAAUACCAGCAAAGGCUUCUCGACAAACUUGCCAGCAUCAAGAAAAGCUGCGAUCAGCUCAAGGAGACCGGGCUGCUCUCUCACGUCUUUGUUGCCAUCCAUUCUUUGAGGAGACUACUUGAUGAGCGAGAGGCUAGAGAAAUGCAACAACAACAUCAUGUACAGCGUAUGCAAGACCAAGAAGCUCGACUCUGUCGUUUAGAGGGCUUUGCUCAAAGAGUGGAAGUUGGCGUCGAAUCUUUGGGCCACAAGCUCGAGUCUGGCGUCAUGCGAGCCCUGUGCGGCAUCUCCUCGAGUGUCUCUCAUAUGCAUGGCAUAGAGGGACAACAUCAACUCAGCUUGGAGCAAGAGGUGAAAGGACAGGAUUACCUCAUCCGAGUUCUUUCCAAAAUGGAAAUGUUGGAGGAUGAGUCCGAUAACGAUAGUGAGGAAGUGUUUUCGGACUGAACUACUGGGCAUGAUGGUGACUUGGAAAAACGUUGGGAUAACGGCAUUGGCGUCAGGUGUUUUGCUUUAGGGCUUGGGGCAUGGAACGGAAAAUGGUUGGGCUAAAACAUGCGAGGGCUGGUCCCUGACGCCAAGUGAUAAGUUUGAUCUGUGAUACGUCCACUUGUAUGGGUUUUGGACGGAGUUACGGAAUAUACCCGGUACUUAAACGAGCUUUAUCGCUCUCAACCUCUAUCAGGUGGAAAUCUCUGGUGUGAACAGGAAUCAUGAGCACAAUGUUCUUUCGGUAGGCCACAGUAACGACUUGUGGGCUAUCUUGGUGA